AUGAAAGUUUUUUAUGGUACACAAACUGGAAAUUCAAAGAAAUUUGCCGAGAUAUUGGCGUAUGAAUAUGAAUUAAGAGGUUAUGGUACAGAGGUUGUUGAUUUAAAAACAUAUGAUCCAGAAGAUAAUUUAGUUGAGGAGAAUGCCAAUGGUAAUAUCUGUGUAUUUAUUAUCUCCACUUACACUGAUGGUCAACCACCAGAGGGCGCUAGCUGGUUUUAUAAAUGGUUGACUGAUACUUCUGAUGAUUUUCGGGUCCAGAAGACCUUGUUAAAAGGUUUAUAUUAUACUAUAGUUGGACUGGGUAACUCUGUAUAUAAAGAUAAUUACUGCACGGUAGCUAAGAAACUAGAUAAAAGUCUUCAUGAUUUAUCAGCUACUAAGUUCUCAGAGACGAUAUUCUGUGAUGAAAAUACAGUUAACAGUCUUAAUGGAGGACUGGAAAGUGAUUUUGCAGCAUGGAGAGAAAAUUUCUGGAAAAAAGCACAGCCUGCUUUAAAUGGUAGAAAAGUUAAAGACUGUGGUAAAAAAUGUGAUGGGAAAUGUGCUUGUUCUAAACCAGGGGUUGAUGGUCAGGAGGCGGGGCCUUGUAGUUCUGAUGAAGGCUCUGGUGAGGAAGAGAAUCAGUUUAACUCUAAAAAUAAAUCAUCUCCAAAUAAAGUUAAACCAGCCAAUAAAACUUCAGGAGUGGUUGAUUUGGAAGAUUUGGGUAAAAUUAUGAAAAAAGCAAAGAUAUGUAUAAUCUUAUAUAAAAGAAAGAAAUUGUUUUUUUUCCAGCAAAAUAAGGACAUAGAGGAAACAGGUGAAGUUAGAGAAAUGAUAACACCAUUAUUACGUCAGUCACUGGAAAAACAAGGCUAUAAAUUGAUUGGUUCACAUUCUGGAGUCAAACUGUGUCGCUGGACGAAGUCAAUGUUACGAGGUAGGGGAGGGUGUUAUAAACAUACAUUCUAUGGUAUAGAGAGUCAUCGCUGUAUGGAAACAACUCCUAGUCUGGCCUGUGCCAAUAAAUGUGUCUUCUGUUGGAGACAUCACACGAAUCCAGUAGGAACAGAAUGGAAGUGGAAAAUGGAUGAUGCAGAAACUUUGAUUGCAGGAGCUUUAAAGAAUCAUACUAAAAUGAUCAAUGAAUUUAAAGGAGUACCAGGAGUUAUUCCAGAACGAUUCCAAGAGGGAAUGAAUCCACAACAUUGUGCCUUAUCUCUGGUAGGAGAACCCAUCAUGUAUCCAGAAAUUAAUAAAUUUAUAGAUUUAUUACAUGAAAAACACAUAUCAACAUUUUUAGUCACCAAUGCACAGUUUCCAGACGCCAUUAGGGAGCUAACUCCAAUUACCCAGCUGUAUGUUAGUGUAGAUGCCAACACGAAAGAAACACUGAAAAAAAUCGACAGGCCAUUAUUUAAAGAUUUUUGGGAGCGAUUUAUCGAAUGUUUAAAAAGAUUAGGAGAAAAGGGGCAGAGAACUGUGUAUAGACUAACUCUAGUUAAAGCCUGGAAUACUGAAGAAAUAGAAAACUACGCUAAAUUGGUUGACCUCGGGCGUCCUGAUUUUAUUGAAGUGAAGGGAGUAACAUAUUGUGGAGAUUCGAAAGCCUCCAGUUUAACGAUGGAAAAUGUGCCAUGGCAUGAAGAAGUUAUAAAAUUUGUCACAGAUUUAACGGAUCGAUUACCGGAUUAUGAAAUAGCCUCGGAACAUGAACACUCCAACUGUCUGUUAUUGGCUCAUAAAAAGUUAAAAGUUAAAGGAGAAUGGUGGACCUGGAUAGAUUAUCCUAAAUUUCAUGAACUUAUAUCUGAAUAUACACUAUCAAACGGUAAAAAAACAUUCACUACUGAGGACUAUAUGGCUAAAACACCCCCCUGGGCUGUGUACGGGGCAACAGAACGUGGUUUUGACCCCCUAGAGACCAGACAUCAUCGUAAAAAACAGAAAGAUAUUAGUGGUUGCUGA